AUGAAUAUUGUCGAGGAAUAUUUUUGGCAAGCUGAUAUGGCUUUUCAAAGUAAUCGUCUAAAUGAAUCAUGUCAAUAUAUUUGCCAAGCGAUUGAACAUCUCGAUCAGCCGAAAUUAACUUUAGAACAGUUAGAAUUGCUUUGGACAGUAAUUCCAAAAAUGAUUACUCAUCAUACAAGAUCUAUUGAACGUCUUGUUCAUCAUCAUCAAAGUAUGCCGAUUGAAACGGAUGAGUGUUUCGAUCGUUCAGUCCAAAAUUAUGUUCGACGAUUAGAAGAAGAUCAAGCUGAUCGCUGUUGGAAAUUUAUUCAUUGUUUUGAUGCAAAUCUUAUUCAAGAGAAAAAAGAUAUCGAUCAUAUACAUCUUCAUCGUCUUCAAGCUGAUCUUUAUCUUCAAUUAUCUUAUGUGUCUCGACAAUGA